GGGUAACAACGGAAUUUCAAUCCCGUAACUAGAAACCGAUCGAUUCCCUCUGCAUCUGAAAUUUCCGAUUUGUACCGGGUACCAAAUCUAUCAUUGGUGGUCCUUUUCUUUUAACCCUGCAAUUCAGCUCAGUCUGCAUCGUUAGGGUUUCGAUUUUCUUGUCUUCUUCGUUUCGUCUUCUGGUUCUUCGAUCCUGCUCUGCCUCUCAAUUCUGGUUAAUAUUUCUCAGAUCCGACUUUAACAGAUCGCAGUAAUUUGGUUGAAUUUUUUUUUUUUUUUUUUGGGAGAAAAAUGUACGGGUUCGAGGCGUUGACAUUCAACAUUCAUGGAGGUUACCUGGAGGCUAUAGUUCGGGGACACCGUGCGGGACUCCUCACGGCCGCCGAUUACAACAAUUUGUGCCAGUGCGAGACCCUCGAAGACAUCAAGAUGCACCUUUCCGCCACCGAGUACGGUCCCUACCUCCAAAACGAACCAUCACCGUUACAUACAACUACAAUUGUGGAGAAGUGUACUCUUAAAUUGGUUGAUGAGUAUAAGCACAUGCUAUGCCAAGCCACAGAACCCCUCUCAACCUUCUUAGAAUAUAUUACAUAUGGUCACAUGAUUGACAAUGUUGUCCUCAUUGUCACUGGAACCCUGCAUGAGAGAGAUGUUCAGGAGCUACUGGAAAAAUGCCAUCCACUGGGCAUGUUUGACAGCAUUGCUACCCUGGCAGUUGCACAAAACAUGCGGGAACUUUAUAGAUUGGUUCUUGUUGACACACCACUUGCUCCGUAUUUCUCUGAGUGUAUUACAUCGGAGGAUUUGGAUGACAUGAAUAUUGAGAUAAUGAGGAACACUCUUUACAAGGCAUACCUUGAAGAUUUUUACAGGUUUUGUCAAAAACUUGGUGGCGCCACAGCUGAAAUCAUGUCUGACCUACUUGCCUUUGAGGCUGAUAGAAGGGCUGUUAAUAUCACCAUAAAUAGCAUUGGCACUGAGCUUACUCGCGAUGAUCGUAGAAAGUUGUAUUCGAGUUUUGGUUUACUUUAUCCCUAUGGUCAUGAGGAGCUUGCUGUCAGUGAGGACGUUGACCAGGUUCGUGCUGUCAUGGAAAAAUAUCCUCCUUAUCAGUCUAUUUUCUCUAAAUUAUCUUAUGGGGAGAGUCAGAUGCUUGACAAGGCAUUCUAUGAAGAGGAGGUGAAAAGGCUCUGCUUAGCAUUUGAACAGCAGUUCCACUAUGGGGUUUUCUUUGCAUACAUGAGGUUGAGGGAGCAGGAGAUCAGGAACUUGAUGUGGAUAUCUGAGUGUGUUGCACAGAACCAGAAAUCUAGAGUUCAUGAUAGUGUGGUCUUCAUAUUUUAAUUGGGGCUCCAAUCCAAUCGGCCGUUUGUUAGAAAUAAUCAUUUGUUCUUUUGCACAAUCUUCUGUAUAUCUCCUCCCCCAUCCCAUCCUCUAAUGAACUGUAGAGAUGGGUGCGGUUGCACUGUUUGCAAUGUUGUGUGUUGCGAAUAAGUACUUUUAUUUUAUGCUAUAUAUUUGUUAUGUAGAGGGGAAAAUUACUUGAAUUAAGAUUCAUAAAAUAUUUUGGGUGUGAUAACGAUUCGAAUUUAUAUACUGUGAUUCCAUAUUGUAAUAAUAGUGGCAGUUGCAACUGAA